AAGUAGCGGGGGCGGUACCAUGGCCGAAAGUCUACUCUGCCUGGAGAAUCCGGAUUCGAGGUCUCUCCGCGGGGCGGGGGUAUCUGCGAAGAUGCUGCUUCAGGCUUGAACCCAGCCUGAGGGACCACUUCUGAGAGGACCCUGCCUGUGUCUGUGGUAUCCGCUUGAAUUCCUCAGGUUGUUGAGGAAUGGAGAAUCUCCAGCAGUGUUAAAUGUUCAAUAUAUGACCGUCCACGUAGGAGAUGGCUGCUUUGCAAAGGAGAGGACUGCAGACAAGGAUUCUCAGCUCUGAAGAAGAGGAGAAACUGAAGCGAGACCAAGCUUUAGUGUCUGAUUUUAAACAGCAGAAACUGGAAAAAGAGGCUCAGAAGAACUGGGACCUUUUUUACAAAAGAAAUAGCACUAAUUUUUUCAAAGAUAGACACUGGACUACCAGGGAGUUUGAGGAGCUCAGAUCAUGUAGAGAGUUUGAAGAUCAAAAAUUGACUAUGCUUGAAGCUGGCUGUGGGGUUGGGAACUGUUUAUUCCCACUUUUAGAAGAAGAUCCAGAUAUCUUUGCCUAUGCCUGUGAUUUUUCUCCAAGAGCUGUUGAAUAUGUCAAGCAAAAUCCUCUUUAUGACACAGAAAGAUGCAAGGUGUUCCAGUGUGAUCUGACCAAAGAUGACCUUCUGGAGCACGUGCCCCCAGAGUCUGUGGAUGUUGUCACCUUGAUAUUUGUGCUCUCUGCAGUUCACCCUGAUAAGAUGCACCUUGUCUUACAAAACAUUUACAAGGUAUUAAAACCAGGCAAAAGUGUCUUGUUUCGCGACUAUGGGCUGUAUGAUCAUGCCAUGCUUAGGUUUAAAGCCGGGAGCAAACUUGCAGAAAACUUCUAUGUUAGACAAGAUGGAACCAGAUCAUAUUUUUUCACUGAUGGAUCUGAGCAGCAGCGGAAACAAGAGGAACUGCUGACUGACUGCUCUGUGGCUCUACGUAUUCUCUCCCUUUCCCUUGAAGGCUGGAAGAUGGCUCGCCCAGGUGCCAGCUGGACAGAGAAGUCCGUGGGGUCCCUGUGGCUGAAGCACAGGGUUGGAAGGGAGGAGAUGCAGGCACGUGCUGAGGGGCAGCCCUGCCAUGUCUUCAGUAAGCCAGAGCAACACAGAGAGGAACCCAAACCCCCACAACACCAGAGGCAAGAGGAACAGGAAGACAGACUACCGGAAACCCGAGUGCGGCAACUGGCAUCGCUUAGAAAGAGCAUUUCCACACGUUCACAGCAGAAGCAUUGUAGGCUGCAGUCUGGGAUGGCCGUAGAGAUGAGAAGGUGGCACACAGCUCCUCUAGGAUAUCUUACCAAGCACAUCGAGAAAAAUAUCGAAACUAGAUGAUUCCCAGAGGAAUUAUAACUGCUAAAAAUACAGUCAACUCUAUUGAAUCACAGCAAGAUCCUCUAUGACUCACCUUCCAAAGUAAUGGAAAUAAAGAGAAAAAUAAACAAGUGGAACCUAAUUAGUUUUGCACAGCCUAGGAAACUACAAACAAGGUGAAAAGACAACCCUCAGAAUGGGAGAAAAUGAAUAAUGAAUGAAACAACUGACAAAGGAUUAAUUUCUAAAAUAUGCAAGCAGCUCAUAAAACUGAAUUCCAGAAAAACAGCCCAACAUAAAGUGGGCAAAGACCUAAACAGACUUUUCUCCCAAGAAGACAUACAAAUGGCUAAUAAACACACGAGAAGAUGCUCAACGUGGCUCAUUAGAGAAAUGCAAAUCAAAACCACAAACAGAAAUCACCCACACCGGUCAGAAUGGCCAGCAUCAAAAGAAGCACAAAUAAUAAAUACUGGAGAGGGUGUGGAGAAAAGGGAACCCUCUUGGACUGUUGGUGGGAAUGUAAAUUGAUACAGCCACUAUGAAAGACAGUAUGGAGAUUCCUGAAAAAACUGGGAGGAGAACCACCCUAUGACCCAGCAAUCCCACUCCUUGGCAUAUACCCUGAGGAAACCAAAACUGAAAAAGGCGCGUGUACCCCAAUGUUCAUUGCAGCACUGUUUACAAUAGCUAGGACAUGGAAGCAACCUAGAUGUCCAUCGACAGAUGACUGGAUAAAGAAGUUGUGGUGUUUACACAAUGAAAUAUUACUCAGCCACAAAAAGGAACACAUUAAAAAAAAAAGGGAACACAUUUGAGUCAGUUCUAAUGAGGUAGAUGAACCUGGAGCCUAUUAUACAGAGUGAAGUAAGUCAGAAAGAGAAGAACUAAUAUCCUGUAUAAAUGCAUGUGUAUGGAAUCUAGAAAGAUGGUACUGAUGAACCUGUUUACGGAGCAGCAAUGGAGACACAAAACAAAGAACUUACAGACACGG